AUGAUCCGCUCUGUCACCGUCGGCCUCCGCGCCUCUACCUCGCCCCUGGUCCGCCGGGCCGGGCCACCGACCACCACCCCGGCGGCCGCCUACUCCGGCAUCGGCGCCCGGCUCAAGGGCAUGUUCGGCGGCUCCGGCUCCAGCGAGCCCGCGCCCGAGGCCGCCGACGCCUCUGCCAAGCCCAAGUCCUCGCUGCUGGACUCGCUGAUGAACAUGGGCAGCGGGCUCACCUCCGGCAUGGGGCAGAUCAUGUCCAAGAGCAUCACCCCGGAGAUGCUCCGCCAGCAGGCCCAGGAGCUCACCGUGCCCAAGUACAUCGAGUUCAUGGAGAAGUCCCAGUCCGGCAUGGCCUCCAAGGUCGCGAGCUUUGUCAACCCGGCGGCCGCGGCGGCCGCCAGCUCCGGCGAGCUGCAGAAGCGCCAGCUGGCCGUCCUCAAGUACCUGACGCCGGACGAGGCCGACAACAUCGCCAACCUCACCCGCGGCCAGAUGGAGGUCAUUGCCAACCGCACGGGCCAGGGCCUGGUUGCCGUCAGCGAGGCCAUCCAGGCGUACAGCUCCAUUCGCAUGUUCAUCCACUUCCUGGCCCACUGCAAGGAACCCGGCCGGCACGUCCCCGGCCUGUGCGGCUCGCACUGA